AUGGAAAAAUGGUUUCGUCUACAAACUACGCCUUUUGUUUUUUCGUCUUCCAUUAGGACUUUAAAUUAUCCAUCUUUCACUACAGGUUUCUUUCACCGAAGGAUUUGUCUUUUGUCAGGGACUUCAGAGUUCCAAACAUUUCACCAGGGAUUUCGUCUGUCGUCUUUUGUUGGUUUUAAGCUUCGCCUUUCAUUAUUACAUAGAAUAGCUUCGCCUAAUAACUUUAGGGUAGAUCCUAUAAGUGUAAAAAGAAUUGCAACUGUUACUAAAAAUGUAAAAAAUGAAAAGGAUCAAGAUUUUCUAUAUGAUGGACAUUAUGACCUUAAAUCAUUUCUUGCUAUGAAAGACGUUAACACAAAUUCUUCAAUAUAUCGCGGUACUUUAUAUGAAUAUCAGACCAUAUCAUGUCUUAAAACAACACUUGGAAUUGUUACAAGGCGAGUAGGCAAAGCUAAUGAUGGAGGAAUAGAUUUUCGAGGUCAGUGGAUAUUACCAGAUAAAAAACUAUAUGUCGUUGGUCAAUGCAAAGCCUUAGCAAAAAAAUGUCCUCCAAAUAUAAUUCGAGAGCUUGAAGGUGUACUUUGUCAAGAAACUGAGGGAACAUUAUGCAUUCUGUCAUCAAUGAAUGGAUUUACUAAAAGUGCUAUUAAAAGAUAUAUUGCAUCGCCUUUCCCUAUUAUGCUAAUAACAGUUACAGAUCAGGGAAAGAAAUAUAGUUGCAUUUUAUGGAAUAAAACAGCCGAAAAAUAUUUGAAUGAAUUUCAAGUAACCUUGAAACAUGAUCUUCUGAAUUCAAAGCCUCUUAUUUUAUAUAAUGGUGAACCUUUUUUAAAUGAAAUUGAUGAUUGUUGGUGCGAAAUCAAAUGGCACCAAUUAUUAGGUUCGAUUUAUGCCAUCUAUAUCAAGUCAACAACUUUAAACUCCUAUCCAAUCAAAAAAAUUGCCAAAGCUAAAGCUUGGAAAAAUAUAUGA